CAAACACAUAAAUAAACCAGUAAAUAGAAAACUUUGGCAAUAUCAUAGGCCUAACAGUCAACUCACAAAAACGCUUUCUUGACUUUUUUCCGGGGAAAACCUCUCCAUUAGCCGCCGCUGUCAUCGGAGUAGAAGAACCAAAACCACCCUAACAAUGCCUUGCACAAACUACACGAUCGAAAUCCGCAAUUUCUGAACUGAAUUUAUCAAAAAGAUAUGUAUGGUGGUGGCGGAGGAAGCGAUAACAAUGAAGCCCUAAAUCAACUGACCCAGAUGAUGAUGAUGAAUGCUCCGACGCCCCCACCGGUGAUGGCGGAGGAGUUUCCGAGAAGGGACGAGAGGGUUCCGAUGUGGAGCCAACAGGAGACGAGGGACUUGAUUGCGAUUCGUGGGGAGUUGGAAAGGGAUUUCACCAUGGCGAAACGAAACAAGAGUCUCUGGGAGGUUGUCGCUGCGAAGAUGAAGGAGAUUGGGUAUAGAAGGACUCCUGAUCAGUGUAAAUGCAAGUGGAAAAACCUCGUUAAUCGGUAUAAGGGAAAGGAGACAUCGGAUCGAGAUAACAACCGAUCAUUCCCGUUCUUCGAUGAUCUGCAUGCACUGUUCACAGAAAGAUCAAAUAAAACCCCACAAACGCCUUUCGAUCCGGAACCCACUUCGAGCCAAUCGAGAAAAAGAGUUGCAGGAAUCGGUUCUUAUCAAUCCAUGGAAGAAGAAAUAUCUGAUGACGAAGAUGAAUAUGAAGAUGAGGAAAACAAGGUUACGAAAGUCACGAUUCCUCCAAAAAAGAAACCCGAAAGGGAAAAGCGGGCCAGACCUCCGACUCCGACUCCGAGUCCAAAAUCCAUAGACCCAGUUCGUGAAAUUCUCCAUGAUUUCUUCCAACAGCAGAAAGUGAUUGACAUGCAGUGGCGGGAGUUGAUGGAGAAACAUACUUAUGAAAGACAGGUGUUUGAGCAGGAAUGGCGGCAGUCAAUGGAGAGGCUUGAAGUUGAGAGGAUGAAGAUGGAGGAGUUGUGGAGGGAGAAGGAAGAACAGAGAAGAACGAGAGAAGAGGGUCGGGCUGAGAGACGAGAUGCACUUUUGACUGCAUUACUUAAUAAACUUGUUCAUGAGCAUUGAUCAUUGAGCAAAUGAUCGGGAAAAUUAAUGAUCUUUAAAGGU